UUUACAUAUAGCUCGGUUAUCUGCAUAAGUGUGGAAUCGUCUUAGCUGACCAUCAAGCCAUUAACAUCUGCGUGUUAUGCCAUUUCCACAUAAGACCCACAUUAGUUAUUAUCUAAGCAAAACCAGUUGCCGGCUCAACGAACCCGCCACUUUCUUUGGGUGCGUGCGAGAACUGGUUUCUAAUCGCCUAAAGCCACUGAUUCUUGACGUCUCGUGGCCAUUGUAAUAUUCCGAGGGGUCAAAUGCCGCAAUCAGUUGGAAUCGAAGAGCUCUUUAGAGCGGAUCUCAGACAGAAUGAUAUUCCCGGUGUUUUCAGUACUGCUCUUGUUAUUUUAUCAACCAAUCUACUCCGUUUCUGGAGCCGAGUUCUUUUCCUCCAUACAUGAGAUGACCAAAGUGUUUGGCUAUGAACAGAAAAUGCUGCUGCAUAUGCAGAAAUUUCUAUCUGAUAACCAGGGAAAACUGGAUUUCCUGAAAGCCCGACUGCGGGAGUUCGAGAACGAAAGGAACGAGGCGCGUGAAUGGGGACCAUCCUAUUUUGAGAGUCCCAUAAACAAAUACCUGCUGAACAAGAGACUGACAGUAGACUGGCAGCGAGUGGAGAAUCUCAUGGCGGCUUCAACGGGCGAGAAACCGCUGACCCGGCUUAGAAAGUUCCGACAUCGUGAGACAAUGCCCGACAAAAAGGAACUCGAAGGAGCCAUAGAUGGGCUUCUCAGGUUGCAGUAUGUUUAUAGAUUGAAGGCCAAUGAAAUGGCCAGCGGCAUCUUGGAUGGCGUGGAUUACGGCACCCAAUUGAACGCGGAGCACUGUGUGGACAUAGCCAGACUGGCUCUACGAGAUCAGCAUCCACGUUUGGCGCACUCCUGGCUAAUGGAAGCCAAGGAUCGUUUGGUGGGUGGGGAAAGGGAGGAGGCACUCAAGCCACAGAUUCUGGCCCUCCUCGUGCAGGCCAAGAAGGAAUUGGAGGACUUCCGUGGUCUGAAUGAUACCUACCAGGAGCUCAUCAGGAUACAACCAGCGAGUGAGGAGCACGCCAAGAACUACGAAACUUACUUGGAUUCUCUGGAUGAGAAGGCAUUCCUAAACGAAUCCAAACCCAUCCUAGAACACGCUCCCAUCCCGGAGGAGGGUGAACCGGUGGGUGAGUUCCAGGCCUACAGCCUCACCUGCAGUGGCCACUGGCGACUCACAGCCAAGGAGCAACGGCAUCUGCGCUGUGGCUACGUGACCGAGACACACCCCUUCCUGUGGAUAGCUCCUCUCAAGGCAGAGGAGCUCUUCCAGGAUCCCCUGCUCGUCCUCUACCACGAUGUCAUAUACCAGAGCGAGAUCGAUGUUAUACGGAAGCUGACCGAGAACAGGCUGAAACGGGCCACAGUCACGGGCCACAAUGAGUCGGUGGUGUCCAAUGUGAGGACCAGCCAGUUCACCUUCAUUCCAGUCUCGGCUCACAAGGUGCUGUCCACCAUUGAUCAGAGAGUGGCGGACAUGACCAACUUGAACAUGAAGUACGCGGAGGAUCACCAGUUCGCCAACUACGGAAUCGGUGGGCACUACGGGCAGCACAUGGACUGGUUCUACCAGACAACAAUUGAUGCCGGAUUGAUCUCCUCACCCGAAAUGGGCAACCGCAUUGCCACAGUUCUGUUUUAUCUUUCGGAUGUUUCGCAAGGUGGAGGCACUGCAUUUCCACAGCUGAGAACUUUAUUGAAGCCCAAGAAAUAUGCAGCUGCCUUUUGGCACAAUCUCCAUGCUUCUGGAGUGGGUGACGUGAGAACGCAACAUGGUGCAUGUCCCAUAAUCGCUGGUUCCAAGUGGGUUCAGAAUCGCUGGAUCCGUGAGGUUGAUCAAUCCGAUCGUCGACCCUGUGAGCUUUGGGAUGAUUCGUUGGCCAGCUACGCGCAAAUUUUGGAGCUGCACAAACAAAAUGAGGCGGAGGCAGCUUCUUGAUAACAUAGCCAUUAACCUAAGGAAAUCCCU